UAAACCUCAUUCUCGAGGGUAGCGCGACCUGGAUGCGUGUUAGGGACUCGGAGGACAAAUAUGAUUGAAGAAUAACAAAAUAUAAAACGGGCAGAAAAUGGACUACAUACAGUAUGAUACCGCAACGUAUUGUACCAGGAUAGCUAAUUAAUUACCACUUCUGGGUUUCACGAAUUACAUACCAGCAAAUACGCAUUGAUUUCUUUCUGAGAUGAACGGUAUAGAGUGCAAAUCUUGACUUUCUCAACGGGCUAGAUUUGUAUAAUCGAUAUCAUCAACUCCCGCCAUGGCAUCCUCGUCACCACCUACCCGUGGUUACCAUGCCGACGGUGCAUCUUUAAGUGACAUCCUGCUGAUGGAGUUAGCCGAGCACCUCCAUCCAAACGAUUAUCGUCCCCUUGGUGUUCGUCUUGGGUUCAACGAGACCAGACUGUCCCAGAUAGAACGAUCGCAUCUAGGAGUCAUCUCUGAAUGCAUGUAUGUCAUGCUGACAGAAUGGAAAAGGCGAGAAGGGCAGGACGCUAAACCACAACUUCUCAUCCAGUCUGUGCGAGAGAGCAAGAACUCCGAAGCUGCUGAUUGGCUACAAUCAGAACUUGGACUUUGCAACCCUCCUUUACGGACAAUAUCAGUUGAAGAUAGACUGAACGAAGGCAAUGUGCCCGCCUUACCCGACUGUUUAACCGAGAGACCGGUGGAAUUAGCCGAGCUGAGGGGUAAACUGCGUCGAGUAGCCUCCUCCGAUAAACCUGGGCGAUGGGUGGCGGUGUGCGGUAUGGGAGGAAUGGGGAAAACUAUCCUGGCUAACCAAGCAGUAAGAGAUGAGAAACUUGUAGAAGAACUUUUCUCAGAUGGUAUCUUCUGGAUGUCGAUGGGAAACGUGAAAGAAGAAAACAGUAUCCCAGAUCGUCUAGAGACACUAUGCCGAAUCUUCGACAGUAACCUAUCAUCAGCACCUUCUCCUCCUAAGACACUGGAACAAUGGAAGAAUCUCUUAACUAAACUCAUAAGUCAACGAUAUCCCAGGUCUCUUCUGGUUCUGGAUGAUAUUUGGAUUCCAAAUGUGGUGGCAGCCUUUGAUGUACGUUGCACUGUUCUUAUGACUACGAGAGACAGCGGGGUGAUGAGUCGUGUUUCAGGAGAUAAAGAGGAACUGAAUUUGUCUCACGGUUUGUCUAAAGACCAGUCUAUCAAGGCAUUAUCUGAAUGGACUUGCAUCCCGCUCGAUAAUCUCCCUCCCGAAGCCGAGCUCAUUCACGGCUUCAGCUGCGGGUCACCUCUCGUCAUCUCCAUCGUAGGCGCCCUCCUUCGUGACUUCCCUGAUCGCUGGCAGUUCUAUGUGGCACAGAUGGAGGCUAAAAAACUCCAGGAUCUCUCAUCAGAUUCUAGCUACGAGUACCGUAGUGUUUAUGAUGCAAUCGAAAUGAGUGUAGAGCAACUGACGACUUCCCAGAUCGAGGUUUAUUCUUGGUUCGCCGUCUUCGAAGAAGGCAUCAAACUUUCGAGUCAGGUACUAGCGAUGCUGGUGGAGUGUUCCAAGGAAGAGGUAGAAGAUCGAAUGAGGGGUAUCACACGUAGGUCUUUGGUCUCUACAGAAUGGUCUACUUACGAUGAAUGUCGAGUCUAUUGGAUUCAUGACCUCCUUCAUGAUCAUCUGGUUGCCAGGGGAGCUGGAAGAGACAAGCCACUGACCAUCUGCAAUGAGUUCAGAUGUCUGCUGACGCUGUGCAAAUUCAAGUCCUGUAGAAGAGAUAUUAUUCAGGCAGCCUUACAUUUCCCACCUUCGUCCUUAGUCUACAGGAGAGCUCUAAGAGUAGCCCAAGAAACUAGAGAUGGGUUUUACAUCAAAGAAAGCACCAAUAUCCAACCCAUGAUGACUUGUGUGAGACAUGGAACUACUGGUAAAUCUGCAAGACGAUCUCAACUCCUACCAGACGGCAAAGAAGUUGUAUCGGUUGGAUUCGAAGGAUUGUUUCAGAUCACUGACAAAUACUCGGGUGCAGUUCGGAUGCAAAUCUCUGCUCACACGGACAGCAUCAGCGAUCUGUCUGUUAGUCCUGACGGCGCACUCCUCGCUACCUCGUGCACUGCCGACCGCUGUGUCAAUGUUUGGAAUAUUACGAAGGAAUGUAGCCAAUCACAGCGUCUUGUGAAGCGAUUAUGUCAGGACAAUGCCCGAAUUACCUGCUGUGCUUUCGUUUCCGUCCGCAAGGAGCUGAUGCUUGUUUCUGGGGAUGAUUCAGGUUGCCUUAAGAUAUGGGAUGGAUGUUUUUCAUUAAGACAUUCAGUCAAAGCACAUGCGUUAUCUAUCAUAACAUGCAGUCCUUGUCACGCUGAGGGUACCGUUUUAACUUGUGCGAAGAGGGAUGACACAGCGAUGGUAUUUUCUGCAUCAUCGGGCGAACGAAAAUGCGAGAUAAACCACUCAGACGAUGUUUUAGAUGCGGUGUAUCUUAGCAACGGUUUAAUCGUGACAACGACCGGAUUUGAAGUUCAGGUUUCUAACAGCAGUGGACGUCGAAUCUGCCUAUGGUCGGGUAAUACCGAGAAUGAGUUCUACGAGAAACUGAGCUGCUGUACCGGAUCAGAGGGACACCUCAUCGCUGUUACCGGUCGAGGAGGAAAGAUCACAGUUUUGAGACUGGGGAUGACGUUUCUGAUUUCGCGGAAUCUGUCGCUAUUUUGUAUCCUCAAAACUGGGGGCAUCUUUCGCCUAGUCAAUCAUACUUCCAUUUCAUCAUUCAACGGAGAGAAAGGCAGUAAAGAAUCGCUCUUCCUCACUACGACACAUGACUGUGGACUUACAGUGGUGUGGAAGAUAUUAAAACAAGAUCCCCCUGUCACUUUGAACCACGCCGUUUGGGAUGCAUCAUUCAGCCACAGCGGAGAACUCAAUUGUCUUGUUGCUACCGAGUGUCCUGACUCCAAACAGAUAAUGAUGGCGACUUACUCGGACGAGAGAAACUGCUUCAGUUCCUGUACCAAAGUACUGAAGGUAGGCGAGGGAGUUAAUAUCAAUGCUGUUGAUAUUAGCAAGGUCCCAGGGCAAGCCGGUGUGUAUACAGACGAAGGCAUACAAGUUGUAAAACUUCCAAAACCGGGCAAAAAUCGCAGCAAAUCAACGAAUGACUGUCACGUCUUUGAGCCUUCAGAAAACAAGAUUUUACUAGCACGAAUCAUUGGCAAUAAGCGAGAACUUCUUACCGUCUCUACCGGUUCAGGGAUAAGCAUAGAGGUUUGGUCGACGGAUAAGCAGCCAUCAGUGGUAUCCAGCAGUCCUGUCAUAACGUCCCACCAGGGACUUUCUGCCGACUUGUCAUGUGAUCAAGCAAACCUAGUAGUUGGCUGUUCAGAUGGAACUGCUCUUCUGUUUAAGAUGUGCGAUGGUAGUCUAGGCGAAGGGGAACCAAUCCAUAUGCAGGGCCCACCAAGUCGUGUGAGUCGGACCGAGUUCUCAGCCGAUGGAAAACUAGUACUACUAGCUGGCUGGAAACACCUAAAGGUAUAUGAUGUGAGCACCCAACAGGAGUUGAGCAGUAUUACGGAAGAAAUGCCCAUUGCAAUGGCUCACUUUAUUACGGACUCCAGCAAGAUAGUUACAUCGACAGGGACUAUGAUAAAGGUAAGAACGGCAAGAGAUGGAAUAGAGAAGAGCAAGAAGAAAAGUUACACUCAAGUCACAGACAUCCAAAUUUCUAGAGACGGUUCAAUGAUGGUCACUACGGGACAUAUCAGAACAUUUGACAAUGGUUACAUUGAGUGGUGGAAGGCAGAGGAAGGAAAUCUAGUGUUGUUGCAGAGAUUUCGACUCAACAGCCGCACAAAACGAAUCAUCUGCAAUCCUCAGUUCUCUUCAUUUGUCACAGUAGACGAACUGGGACACAUAUUCGUUUUUGAGAGAAUUAACACAAAGCAUUGAAAAGAACUUCGAUCGGGACCACAAUAAAGCUACAGGGAAAAACAUGGAGGAGAAGUAAUAAGAUGUUAGACAUAUGUCUUCAAACAAGGCAUUGUAUCUAACAUAAAUUUUUUUUUAAAUAAAAAAACAAGGCAUUGUAUCUAUAUAUAAUGUUAUCUGGGAGGAUGCGCAAGUCUUUGUAGUCUGCUCAGCAUUGUGAGCGCCCGUAACAACUAACAUCGUGCCUUGCUCUAGUGUUUCCCAGGGAGUGGAGAAUAUGAACAAGCCUGAAUCCGAUGACCGGGAUGUGUUAAGCGCUAUAUAUCUACAGAAUAUGAUUAUCAUUAUCCAGUUUCUCAAUCUGUGUUGUUGGACGGAUGUAAAUCUUUUCAAUGCUCCAUAUGCUACGAACCCUAUAGGAGCCCGACAGGAUAUACGCCCGAACGAAUAGAGUGAACACGUAAUGUCAUUAUCGUACCUGUAUACACAAUGCAAUUGAUCAUAUUACAUGUAUCUGUAAAUUUAUUCCUCAGUUUGUGCUGCCUGUAUCCAUACACUUCAUAUCAAUAGCCAAAUCAGUCGCAUGGCUUCAAUUAUUUCAUAAUGUUAGUAUUCGGUCCAUAAUCUUCACUUUAUCUGACUAUGUUUUUUGGAAAAUAUUCAUGUUCAACAUGAAUAUAUUUUUAACAGUGACUCAUCUAACUGAUUGGGUUUUUUAAUUUCUGAAUCUACGGGCAUCCACAAUUAUUCACUGUUUAUAAAGUUUCUCUCAUUUAUUUAUUCGAAUCUUUUGGACGAUCUGUUUGAACAUAAAUGUUGCUAUGCGUGAUUGUUUACUGAAUACCAUUUAGAAUUGAAGUGAAUCGAAGUUUCGAAAUGUUAAUAAUCCUGUCAAUAUGUUCAGUUGCUUUCUAAAUGCAAUACAAUUUCUACAGUAUUAUAACCUAUUAAUGAAAUGACCUUUUAAGGUCAAAUUAUACAUCAAGAAAAUGUUAAUUAGAUCAAACACUUUUAAGUUAAUAAGGUCAGAAUUUUUUUCGGGGGGGGGGGUUCAAGGGAGUUUUACAACCCCUGCCCUAUAAACAAUUUUUUCAGUUUUAUAUUUUCGUAACGUAGAGCUAUUGAUUUUUCUUGUGACAACAUUUGACCGGGCUUCCCGAUGUGUGUGUGGUAUGUGUGUGCGUGUGCUUAACGGGUUUGUAAAAAUGUCCCAAGGUCUGGGGCGGAGAAUAAGGUCGGAGUUUUGGGAACAGAUAUAAGCAACAACUAGCUAUAAUCCUCUUUUGUUUUACAGUGUAUUCCUCUUGACUAUUGAGCUCUUUAUGACUAGUAAGUACAUGUACGAAAGAUUGUAACACGUGUGUGUUUGUGUGUGUGUUUUGUACUGUCCUGUCAUGUACAACAAUAUACUAUCCUACUAAAUUAUAUUGAUAUCAAGAUUGAAUGGUAGUCAUCUGGAAUGUAGUGCUGGCGUGACCAGCUGUCUAUCGAAUAAUGGCUGGAAAUUUGUCAAUCUGUUUUUGUAUUAUUAUAUUUAAUAAUUUCUGCAUUCCUAUGAAUACAGAAGGGGUAUGCCUAUGUAUGGAGCCCCACCCGCUCUGUAUCGUGAUGGACUACCUAUGAUUGAACAUUUUCCAUCUCCGAAUUUUUAUCAGCGUGUUGGCUUUU